UUUUUUUUGAGUUCUUCCCAAAACAGCCUCUCCGCAUAGAAGGCCCAGCACGCCGUUUUCCACGAAUUAUGCGGCCCCCCAACACCCAAAAAAUGAGCGUCGGGAUCGGCUUAAUUUAAACAAAUCCUCGCCGGGUUAAUCUCUAAUCGGUCCCUUCGAUCCGCAAACAUUUUUGUUUCUUUGAUCUGGGGCGUGUCGAAAUUGGAUAAUAAGAUUUCGAUCCUCGGCGACUUUGAUGCAUCAGCAACUUUCUCCUAAAAGAUUUUGCUGGAUUAGUUGAGAGGAUCAAUCCAUGAAGUUCAAGGAACGGGACAGGGUAGAGGUUCUCCGAAAGAACACGGAGGUACACGGCUCUUGGUUCCCUGCGACAAUAUCAUCGGUUCAUGGGAACAGAUACGCCGUGAAAUACGAGCAAUUUUUUGCUGCGGAAGGAGAGCCUGUUGUAGAGAAAGUGUGCAGAGAGGAUGUCAGGCCGCUGCCGCCCCCCGACGGCAGUAGAAAGAGAUGGGUUCUUGGCGAAAUGGCCGAAGUGUUCGAUCUCCACUCUUGGAGGCUUGGAAAAGUCGCAAAGGUUCUGAAAAAUAACUGCGUCGUCAUCAGACUCUUCGGCUCCAUCCAACUUAGAGAAUUUCAUGUAUCAAAAUUAAGGGUUCGGCAAGCUUGGCGUGACGAUCGAUGGGUCGCAAUUGAUAAGGUCGGUGAGCAGAAGCAACUCAACAAGGAUAUGUUUCCGCGCUUUGAUCGCACCGCAGACCUUUCUUAUGGCGGAGUUAAUUUGAAGAACCCGAAUUCUACCCACAGCUACUCGCCGGAUUAUUUGGUUCGAGGUAUAGGCAAGAAAAGACCGGCAACCUCAAACACCAACAUGCUUCGAACGAACAAAUGCGGGAAAGCAAAAGCUGCGCCACUCCAAGUUGAUAAAAGGAACGCGAAUACUUUCGCUCGCAUGCGAGUAGUAAUCGAGAAUGAAUGCUCCGUUGCGAGCUGUAGUGGAAAUGAGUUGGAAUGUACUAAACAGGAGACGACAAAAUCCACAGGAUCUUCAAAUUGUCUCUCCGACGAUGCGUUGUCGUCGCAUCGAUUCAGAAACGAGAAAAAUCGCAAGAAAAUCCUCGAAGAUGAGUUGGCCGCGAACGUCCAUCAACUAGAGCUACAAGCGUAUCGAUCGACCGUGCAGGCCUUUUACGCUUCAGGCCCUUUGAGCUGGGAGCAAGAAUCGCUUUUAACGAAUCUUCGCCUUUCGCUUAACAUUUCGAAUGAAGAGCACUUACUUCAGUUGAGGCAUCUGUUAUCAGCUUAGUUCGUCGAAAUAGUGAGGUAAAUCCAAGCUGUGUUUCUAACCGUUAGGGAAUCGUUUCCUUCUUCGUUUCAUGUAAGAUUUCGAGUUUGUAGUUGGAUGUGAAUUGUAGCCUGUGUUGCUAGUCUCUGCACUGUAAUAUAUGUAAAUAUUUACCCCAGUAAACUCAUUGUGUUUUGAGCUUUCCUAAUAUUCCUUUUUUGUUCUAA